AGUGCAGUGUAACCCAGCGGCUGGUUCUGUCGGUUAUAUUUAGGUUAGCUAUAUAACCAAACCCUGAGCUGAGCUGCAGAGCGGAGCUUCUAGAAACAUACAGCUGCUUCACAGCCGCCCCAGCUCCAGGCGAAUACAGGACCUUUAAAACGGUUUAUCUUGAAUAUUUUCGCCUUGAUUCAGUGCGUGGGCUGGAGGCGGAGGUGUGUUGAUCUGAGUGCUGUUUUUGUUUUCGGGCCGAGCUUUUCCUCCUCCGAUGUUCCUUCACGGUGUUCAUAACGACGCCAUGCAUUUUAAACCGAGCCGCAGCAGACUUUACACCACAAGAUGCUGUGGAUGUUGUCAUGUCAGGACGGGGACGAUCAUUCUCGGCACUUGGUACAUGGUUGUAAACCUCUUGAUGGGCAUCUUGCUGACUGUGGCAGUCACCCACCCUGAGAACGUCCCCACUGUUGAUCUGCAGUAUGAGGUUAUUGAGCAUUACUUCGCCUCAGACAGAAUGUCAGAAAAUGCCUGUGUGGGAUUUGCCAUCUCUCUACUGAUGCUCACCAUCAGUGCCAUGAUGGUGUAUGGCGCCAUUACUCACCGCGAUGGCUGGCUCAUCCCGUUCUUCUGCUACCAGUUGUUUGACUUUGCUCUGAGUUGCUUGGUGGCCAUCAGCUCCCUCACCUACCUGCCCAGGAUCAAGGACUACCUGGAUCAGCUGCCGGACUUCCCAUACAAAGACAACCUUCUCUCUCUGGAUUCUAGCUGCCUCCUGCUGUUUGUGCUCAUCUUCUUUGCAGUCCUUAUCAUCCUCAAGGCUUACUUGAUCAACUGUGUGUGGAACUGCUACAAGUACAUCAACAAUAGAAACAUGCCAGAGAUUGCUGUUUACCCUGCUUUUGAGGCCCCACCUCAGUACAUCCUCCCGACCUAUGAGAUGGCCAUGACAAUGCCAGCAAAGGAGCCUCCACCUCCAUACAUGCCUGCCUGAAGUUCAUUUCUUUUUCCUAAUUAAAGUCACUGCAGUUACUCUACUUGGCCUUCUGAUCCCACCUUCCACUCUGUAGAAUGGAGGGUGUGAAGAUUUCCCCACCACAAGUAUCACUUUAAACCUCUGUAUAUUGCAUAGACUUAACCAUAAUUGUCAUUAGCAUGACUUAAUGCCUCUCAUAAUGUAUUGUGACAGUUCAUCACUUACAGAUCUAUUUUUGUAAAGUAAUAGAAAACAAAUGAAAUAAGACUUUGCAGUGGGUUUUUGGGGAAAUGGUUGUUCCAGUAUGGGGGAAUUUGAUUUGUGGUGAUUUUUGCCUCAUUGCGAGCUGGGUCGCAUAGCAAAUUGUGCUUUAGAAAGCAUUGUAUAGUUUAUUCCUUGUGAAUCAUUCUAAUGACGAGUUUCUACCAACACGGGGCUGAAAAUCUGCCAGCAAGUAAUGCACAUUAAGCAGUGAAAGCUUUCACAUUUCUCACUUUUCCGCUUUUAUUUUUCCAUGCUUUUUUGGUGACUAAGUUGAAGAGAUAAUUGUGAAAUUAACUUUGUUUUACUAAUUUCCUGUCCUCUAACAUUUAGAAGCACUACUUUCUCGCUCGGCUAAUGUAAAGGAACCUGUUUCAGUUUAAACACCAGUCCUUGACAAUCCAAUGUGAAACUAAAAGAAAACCUUUUCCAUCUGUGUAUUUUGUGCGAAAGUAAGAUUUUAUCAAAGCAUAGGCGAAAGAGGUCGUAGCACUUUAUCUUGUUUUAUAUAUUUAGUGUUGUGUCAGUCUACUCACCCAUCCAUUCAUUGGGCCGUGUACCAGCAUCUUUAGCAGCGUUCAUCGUGCUCUGUUAUUGUGAUAGAUAGUGGUCAUGCUUUUCAACACAUUGCCGACAAGAGAGGAGGCUCUUCUCUCACAAGAGAUGAUGCUUUGAAAUAAACUGCUAGUGUUGUGAACAUCAGUGGAUGCAUGCAACUCCCUCUCUCUUUCUUGAUCUCUUUUUCUUGUACACAUUCUGGUGAGCUGAUGACUUAAGUAAUAAACAUUUUAAAACAUU